AUGCUCAUACAUGUAAUAGGCCUUGAUACUAGCACAAUCCUCAGAUGGUUGGUUCUUCAGGGCUAUGAGGUUGUGUGCUUUCUUGCCGACUGCGGUCAGGAGGAGGACUUCGAGGCUGUCAAGUCCAAGGCUACUAAGCUCGGUGCUGAGCGCAUGAUCAUCCUCGAUGUCCAGCAGGAGCUUAUUGAUGAACUCGUCUGGCCUGCUAUCCAAUGCAACGCAGUCUAUGAGGACAGAUAUGACCUGCUCGGAACCAGUCUUGCCCGCCCAGUCAUCGCUAGGGCGAUGGUCAAGGUUGCUAAGGAGCACAACUGCACAAUUCUCAGCCACGGAUGUACCGGCAAGGGUAACGAGUAUGCCUCAAUUUCCAAUGAACCGCUGGCCUAUGGACGUGCGGAUCUGCUCAAGUUCGCCUCCGAGCAGAACAUCCCUGUCAGCUCUACUCCCAAGGCCCCAUGGUCUAUGGAUGACAACAUCAUCCAUUGCUCGUACGAGGCCGGUAUUCUCGAGCAAACAGAACUCGAGCCCCCCAAAGAUAUGUGGAAGCGCACAGUUGACCCCAUGAAGGCUCCCGAUGAGCCCACGCCCUUCACUGUUCAUUUCGAUCAGGGUGUUCCCGUCAAGCUCGAGGUCGGUGACAAGGUCAUCACUAACUCUUUGGAGAUCUUCAAGGAGGUGAACGAGAUUGGCCGAGUCAACGGUAUCGGACGUGUUGACAUUGUCGAGUCCAGAUUUAUUGGCCUGAAGAGCCGAGGCUGCUACGACACCCCUGGUCUUACUAUCCUUCGACAGGCCCAUAUCGAUCUUGAAGGAAUGGUCCUCGACUCCAAGGUUCGAUCCAUCCGCGACCGUCUGUCUCAAGACUGGUCAGCCGCCAUUUACAACGGCAUGUACUUCAGCCCUGAGCGUGAGCUCGUUGAGCAUGCCAUCAAGUUCUCACAGCGCCAAGUCGAGGGCAAGGUGAACCUUGUCGCCUAUAAGGGUUGCGCGUAUGUCGUUGGACGUUCCAGCGAGACGUCCAACCUCUACUCAGCCGAUGAGAGCAGCAUGGACACUCUGGACAUGAACUGGACUCCCCAAGACACAUCUGGCUUCAUCGCCAUCCAAGCCAUCCGUCUCGAGAAGUACGGUGCUAGGAAGAUCAAGGACGGCGAGCCCCUUGCCCGUGUCUAA